CGAGAUAGUAGUGUAGCUCGAGAGAGUCUCUCGGGAGGCUGGACUAGCCACAAGUUGUGGUGAACCAGGGUAAAAUCGGUGUGCCUCGUUCUUUUCUCUUUACUUCUCGCUUAUUCAUUUUUAUUUCUGCGAUUUCUUGAUCAAACGCUAUUCACCCCCCUCUAACGUUGGUCUAUUAUUCUAACAAUUGGUAUCAAAGCCUAACUCGCGUCCAAACUUAACCGUUUGAGAGUAAAGCGAUCAUGGGCUCUUCUUCUAGAAAUCUCUAUGCAGGAAUUGGAGAAGGUCAAUUAACCUCUAGGCCACCACUCUUUGAUGGCACCAAUUACUCCUAUUGGAAGGAACGGAUGAGAAUCUAUAUUCGUUCCACCAACUUCCAAUUGUGGUUGGUGAUAAAAAAUGGCGAAGAAAUCCCUAUGAAGAAAGUGGGAGAAACCACGGUCCCAAAGACCGAAGACGAAUUCUAUGCCGAGGAUAUCAAGAAGAUCGAAAACUAUGCAAAGGCCAUCAAUAUGCUAUAUUGCGCGGUUAACCCCGAUGACUACCGAAAGAUCUCCUGUUGCACAACCGCCAAGGAGAUGUGGGACAAGCUUGAAGUGACGUACGAAGGUACCGAUCAAGUUCGCGAAGCCAAGAUCGACUUUCUCACCCAAGAGUACGAAAUGUUCCGGAUGAAAGAAGGUGAGAAAAUUGAUGACAUGUUCGACCGGUUCUCAAAGAUCAUCAACAAUCUUCAUGCUCUCAAAAAGACCUACACCAAAUGCUACGGCUGUGGCGAGAUUGGCCACAUCAAGCCAAGGUGUCCAAAGGCCAAACACGGCAAGGACAAGCCUGGCUUCAAGAAGCAAAGGGCCUACAUCUCUUGAGGUGGCGAUUCCGGCGACGAAUCAACCGACCAAGAGGAGAACGAAUCUGCAAAUCUCUGCCUCGUGGCACACGAAGAUCAAAGCGACGACGUCCAAGAGGUAUGUAACAUUUCUUCCGACUCUUAUACUUUUGAAGAAAUGCAAGAAGCACUUCAUGAACUCUAUGAGGAAUUUGUUAGCGCUUCUAAAACAAAUAAAUCUUUGAAGAAACGACUUUCUUUACU